CUUGCAACUUUGCACUUUUUUUUCUCCUCCCUUCCCCUUCUGCACGACCCACCCUCAUAACCACGCUCGAUGCUUGCGUUUUUUCUUUCUUUUUUGUUCUCUGCACUGUUACAGGAUAUUGUUUGUCGAGCAAUUCGUCGUUCGACUUAUCGAAAAGUAAACAACGAAAAGUAAAUCAGUCGUUAAGAAGAAUAAACAGAACGAACGAUGGAGUUGCAAACAGAGAUCUACUGUACCGCACCGCCAUCAUCGAGAGAGUAUCGCUCCUCGCUCACCGUUGAAUGCAUUUUGCGCUUUUUUCCAACUAAAGCCACUAUUGGUGGCAGCUAACGUUAAAACACUAAUCAAACGUCAAACGUGUGACCAUGUAUACGUCAUGCAUGAUCUAUGUAUGUACGUACGGAUGUGAAAAUGAAAGUAUACAUGUAUGAAUGCACAGGACCCAAGGGUCAAAGCUUCAGACGAAAAUAAUUGUCGAAACGAACGUGUACCGUAUUUCCCAUUUUCCCAAGCGGCCGAGAUUCAUCAACUAUCAGAAGAGAGAGCAAAUGGCCGUGGCCAUACUGCCAUACAUUCGUUUCGUUUCACCUCGGUAUCCUUCGUGAAGAUUGCACGUUUCCGAAGACGUCCGAUUAAACUCGAACAUUCCCGACAAGAUCACACUCCACGGACAUGUCUCGAUAUUCGGUAUUUUCAACUGCUUCAACGAAACGCUAAUGAAUUAUUAAUAUAAAUAAAUUUUUAUUCGUUCACACGGUCAAAUCGUUUCUUUAUCAACUUUUUUUCUAUAUUUGACACAACUAUCUGUUUUUAUUGCUGUUCUAUGUUGACGAUGACAGUUGUUUUAAAGCCGGACGAAACAGUAAUUGAUAGGCACGAAUUUAGAGUACGCAAAAGUCGAUCGAUCAAACGUAAAUAAAUUGUGCAACGUGUCGAAGCAGCAUGGAAUCAUUUUUAUCCGCAUCAAGAGCAGCCGUGUUGAAUCUGUCGGCUUACGAAAGAAUCCGCAUCGUUCUGGGCAAUGAAACUUGUGAUUUAGAUUCAGCCGUAUCGACGUUGAUUCAAGCAUUCUGCGAGCAUUUGGACGGAAUCGAAAGUAAGGAAGCAGAUUUGGCAACAAUACCGUUAAUGAAUAUACCCAAGAGAGAAUAUCGCGUGAAAACCGAGGUUGUAUUUUUCUUCGAACUUCACGGCAUACCUACCGACUUGCUAACAUUCCGGGAUGAAGUAGAUUUGAAAGCAUUGAAGGAAAAUACGAAGAUAAAGUUGCAAGUGGUGCUUGUUGAUCAUCAUAACCUUUCGGACGGGGACAUGUACUUGAUGGAUUCUGUGGUAAAAAUAAUCGAUCACAGGCCGCGAGACGAGCGAUGGUCGUGGCCUGGCAGGGAAAUACAUCUGAAAAGCGUAGGGAGUUGCGCGACUCUGGUGGCGCGAAAUUUGCUCGACAAGCAUCCACGGACGAUGGACUCGCAGAUAUCGAGUCCGAUAUUAAUCGAUACUUGUAAUUUCGCGAAAGACGCCGAUCGUGCUACCAUCGUCGACGUCGAGGUGGCGGACGCUCUUGAAAAAAUCGGAUCGUUAAGUCUCGACAGAGACAAAGUAUUCAACGAGAUCGUCGAAGCAAAAUCCGACAUUAGCAAAUUAACGACCGAUGAUCUUCUGAUCAGAGAUUUAAAAGUAACUAGUGGAAUACCGAUCGUUGGACUGCCUAUGUUGGUAAAGAAUUUCCUUGAUUCGCAAGAGAGUCGUCUGGAAUGUCUCGGAAAUUUUGCCAAAUGUAGAAACACCGCGACAGUCAUCCUGAUAGGAUUGAAACUUGACUCGCAAAACGUGUCUCGGGAUAUCGCUGUUUUUUCAUUGGGCACCGGAAAUCGACUGGGAGAAAAGAUAACGAACGCUCUGACGCUGUCCACGCAACCUUGUCUCGAGUUGAAUUUCAUUAGAAAAAUUCACCAAGAAGAUGGAGACUUCAUUUUGCUUCUUUACGAGCAAAAGAAUUUACGCGCCACGAGGAAACAGAUUUUACCGAUCGUUCGACAUGUCGUUUCGUUCGAGUGCGCUAACGAUAAGAUACGUCAAGAGAAGAAUGGUGGCGCUUGGUGUCCAAAAGCGCAAAUCAGCAGCGCGAUACGGGAAUAUCUGGAGAUCGAUCUGACCAGAAAUCAUCUAAUAGCAUGGACCGAGACUCAAGGACGGUUUGGGAACGGCCAGGGUCAGGAGUACGCGGAGGCUUUCUUUCUCGAGUACUGGCGCGACACAAAGUGGCAUCAGUAUAAAAAUUUGAUGGGUGACAGAGUAUUACGAGGCAACAGUAAUACCUACUUGGUGGAGAAGCAGAAGUUGGACUUGCCGUUUGUCGCGAGCAAAGUGCGAUUUGUACCCUACAGCCAACAUCCCCGGACGGUUUGCAUGCGAGUCGAAAUUUACGGAUGCGUGUGGGAACAAUAUGUCGCGAGUUACAGCGCGCCCAAGGGAUCGAGCCUCGGUCCCGGGGGACGAAACGUUCGAGAUUGCUCGUACGACGGUACGGAGCUAGGGAUCUCUUCGGAAUCUCUCCUCGUAAAUGGUCUCGGUCAACUGACGGACGGGAUAUUGGGCGAGAUUUCGGAAAUUCUCACCUCCUCCUCGGUCAACGACACGAAUUGGGUAGGCUGGUCGGAUCGUACUACCAUCCAGAUUAUUUUUCGCUUCCAAGAACUACGAGAAUUCCAGAAUUGCACCGUACAUGUCGCACGUAUACCGCAACUACACGUCGAGGCAUUUUCAACGAUGCGCGUUUGGUUUUCCAUCGACGGUGAGAACUAUCGGCCGGAGGUGGAAAAAUCGGAAUGGCCGAUCGACGUCAGCUCUGCCGCUGCCGAGACGGUAUUCAUCUCGAUCCCCUUGGAAUCGAAAAUCGGGCAAUUCGUCAAGGUGGAGUUCAGCCUUGCCGCGAAAUGGUUGCUCCUUAGCGAGAUCACCUUCUACACUGGGAGCAGAAGCAAGUUGGACGAUUUGAACGUCUUAGCUGACGAUCGGUCGUCCGAGGUAGAGCAGAAUCGGAGCGAAUCACGAACGAGAUCGAGCAACUCCGUCGACUUGACGAUCAAUUCCGCGAAAGGAACAAACAUAACGGAUCGCUAUGAGAUCGACGAAGACGCCUUAACGCCGGAUGCCUUUCCCGUUGGUACCUCGCAAACAUACAUCGGCCUAGUCAGCGGUCUGCUGACAGUGUUUGUCCUUUUCCUAACGUGUACAGCGUUUCUGAUCAAGCAAAGGGGCCGCAACAAAGUGGCCUUGUUGCAAAAGCACACCGCCCUGCUCUGCGACUCGUCCGCCCCGGGCAUCGCCAUCUCCCCGAAGGACGUCAAACUCUCGAAUUCGAUUGUCACCGGUUUGUCCCUGAUUCGCAAACCCAUCCUUAUCGCCCCGGCCGAUGACAACUUGCCCGACCGAUCCGCCAACAACGGAAACUUCCAAACCGACUGCAAAACUGCUCUCGUCGUCGACUCUCGCCUCGAUCAUUCCGGCGACGACAGGUGUCGUUCCACCUUGUACGAGAGAACGUACAAUCUCUUCUCCGAAGAGAACCUCGUCCUCUGUCCAAAAUCAAACGCCUCGUCUAUUUGUACGGCCGAAACUACUUGUCCCGAUUUCAAGCGCAAGUCGACAUUCACAACGACGAACAAGUACACGGAAAUAUCGAUACCAACCAGCAGCACGACAUACUCGACGAAGAAGGCAUUUCAGCUUCAGUCGAGAAGCGCGAGUCAGAGGAUCUACGAAGGAUACUACGCUGCGACAGACAUUUUGACAAUCAAGAAAAGGGAGAUCCCGUCGACACAAAGUCCGUUCACACCGCUUCAAAUUCGCGAGAAGACGGUACGUUUGCCGAACGGCAUCGAUUCCUACGACAUUCAGCGUGUUUCCAGACACAGGCUGAGGAUUUUGGACAAGCUCGGAGAGGGGAAUUUCGGUUUGGGGAUCACGAAUGCAGAAGAGGAGGGAGUAGAGGAAACGAGCGAAAAUCGACAAACCGUCAUUGUCCGAUCUCUGUGGCGCGGCGUUGUAGAUUCCUUAAGGUUAGAUUUCACGAAGGACAUGCACGCAUUGGCGAUGCUUCGAGACUCGAACGUAGCAAAGAUGAUUGCCUUGGUAGAGGAAGAACCGUUCGGUGCUGUUUUCGAGUACGGUCGGUUCGGCGAUCUUCCGAGCUUUCUCGAGAACCACGGCGGCGGCCUGGCUGGCGACGAGAUCGACAUCGGUAAGUCUCUCAUCGAGUUGAUCGAUCGAUUCGACUUGAGAUUCUCGCACACCGUGUGUGGUGCAAAUGGUUUCAGAAAUUGCAUCGUUGGUCAAGACUUGAGUAUAAAAGUGUCGGAUCAUGCCAUAUACUGUAAUAAAUACGACCAUCAUUACUUCAUCGACGGACACAAUGUAAAAAUCCCUAUUCGUUGGAUGGCAUGGGAAGCAGUUUUAUUGGGUAAACGCGGUUGUCGAGCUGACGUUUGGUCAUUCGCUACAACGGUUUGGGAAAUCUUUCAAAAAUGUAAGGAGAUACCGUACGCGGAUUUAACGGUGGCGCAGAUUCUGGAAAACUGUGGCCAUUGCUACCAAAGCGAAACGUAUCGUCGUGUCGACGAUGGUGAUCGACGGCGAUACGACGACGACGACGACGACGACGACGACAACGACAACGACAACGACAACGACAACGACAACGACGACGACGAGGAGGAGGAGGAGAAAAGUCAACGUCAAAUCCCUUCACGACCGGAUCAUUGUCCGGACGAUCUUUACAACGUAAUGAAGAAAUGUUGGAGCACACGGAUCGAGGAGAGGCCGAACUUUGAGGAAAUUCACCGAUACCUCGAGAGAUUAGCCCUCGAUUGA